UUCAGUUGGACCCUGUACGAGUAGGCCGCCAAGGCUUGCCGGCGAGCCGGGUAAGGCUGAGAUGCGAUCUGCGAGGGAUCUUGGGGAGGCCGCAUUCUGGUCGCAGCUCGUCUUCCUCCUCACGUAUUAGCCAGUCAAAGAAGCGUAGAUUGUCCAGUAUUCAAGCCCGAGACGUCGUCCUCCAUCUACAUCUGCCGGACUCGCGGAUCGCUGCAGACUCGGGGUCCUAGUGCAUGUCCAUUCGCGUCCUGCGCGACCACCACCAUCCCCCCCAAGUCUUCAAUUGACUCGCCUGGACAUACACGACGAACCAUGUCAACUACUUACAGAGUCAGCCGGCGUCUAAGUACAAUUACAUCUCCCUCUUGUGCUGCGAAUCGUCUUCUCUCAAAUCGACUUUCGCGAUCCGAACGUUCCUAUUUCUCUCUACAUCAUCCUGAUCCGCCUCCGUUCUCCAAAACCCAAGAUCGUAUUCUGUCCGCGGCAAUCGCCCGCGUGCCAAACCACGGUUUCACCGAUGAGGCUCUGACGCUUGGUGCCAGAGAUGCUGGCUAUCUAGAUGUUACAGUGCAGUUGUUCCCACGGGGCGCAUUCGACCUCAUCCAUUAUCAUUUGGUCAAGCAAAGGCUUGCUUUGAAAAACAAUGUACAAUUUCCAGAAGGGACACAAUUGGGCUUGGGGGCCAAGGUCAGAGCACUGGCAAUGGCACGGUUAAGAGCAAACGCAGACAUUAUACAUCAAUGGCAAGGGGCACUGGGUUAUAUGUCUCUCCUAGGCAAUAUACCGGCUUCACUCAAGGAACUUCAUGCUCUAUCCGACGAAUUGUGGUAUCUUGCGGGUGACACCGCGGUCGACUUCUCCUGGUACACGAAACGAGCUUCUCUUGCCACCGUCUACGCGAGCUCAGAGAUGUUCAUGACAACGGACACAUCGAAAGACUUUGCAGCAACUCAAGAGUUUCUGGGCCGCAGGCUAAAAGCCGCACAAGCUGUUGGAGGAAGUGUGGGAGGGUUGUCGCAGUACGCUGGAUUCUGGGCAAGUAACAGCGUCAAUCUGGCCAGGUCUUGGGGGAUGAAGGUGUAGCCGUCAUCGAAACCCGGCCGUUGCACAUGAGCGAAUAUUGAGUGUAUCGCAACAAAGGCACGGUCAUGUUGACCCACGCAGAACAACAACACUCUCAUACGAUCAGGAGCAGAAUGUGAAGCUCUAAAGAGCUCUGCUGCAAGUGUGCGGGACAACCGUUUCCGGCGUUGCCCAG